CCGAGCACCAGCGCCUAACAUGUCAUCCAUCGACAAACUCUCGAUCCGAGGAAUCCGAAGCUUCAGUCCUGGGCGCGAUGAGUCCAUCGACUUCAAUCAACCUCUCACGGUGAUCCUUGGCGCGAAUGGUUGCGGCAAAACGACCAUUAUCGAGUGUCUUAAGAUCAGCUGCACGGGACUGCUCCCUCCUGGUGCGCGAUCGGGGCAAACCUUUGUCCAUGACCCAAAGAUUCGAGGUGACGUGGAAGUCAAGGGAAGCGUGCGUUUGCGCUUUACUAGUCGGGCGGGACAAACCAUGGUGGUGCAACGGACGUAUCGAUUGCAGCAAAAGAAAAAUGCCGUCACCUUUGCUGCCAUGGAUGGGGUGAUUCGCAUGGUAAACGAACACGGCGAAAAGGUCAGCAUGAACCAUAAGUGCAGCGAUCUGGACAAGCACAUUCCCAGUUUGCUCGGGGUGUCCAAAGCCGUUCUGGACAGUGUGAUUUUUUGCCAUCAAGAGGACUCAAAUUGGCCGUUGCAAGAAGGUAAGGUGCUGAAAAGUCGCUUCGACGACAUUUUCGAGUCGGCGCGGUACACGAAAGCGUUGGAGGCCAUCCGAAAACUCAAGCUCGAUCGCACCAGCCAGGGCAAAGAUCUCAAGCGCGAUUUGGACGUGAUCAACGAGCAAGUGAAGCGGGCGCGGGAGCUGGAAGAACAGCUGGAAGUCCGUCAAACCAAGCUCGAAGCCCUCAAGCUGGACCAAAACGCCAUGUCCGACAACAUCGACGCCCUCGAGCGAAAUGCGGCGGACGCGACCCACGACUUGGCCGAGUCGAGGUCGUUGCAUGCCGAGCUGGUUCAAAAGGACAACGGGUUGGCGUCGAUGCUCCAGGAGAUUCAACGGAACUACCGCGUCAACCCCGAAUUCAAGGAGAUGAGCGAGUCCACGGCGCAGCUGACCGAAUUGCUGGCCAACUAUGACGUGAUCGUUGCGACUAACAACCGUCAAGUGGAAAUGAUCGAGUCCCAAGAAUCCCAGCUGCAGACGACCCAAGCCACGAUCAACGAGAAAGUCGUCAACCUUCGCGUGAACAAGGGGCUGCUGCUUAAAGCCAUCGAAAGGCUGCGAACGGCCGCCAAAGCCCGCGCCGAAUUGGCGUGCGACAUGGGCCGCAAGCACGCGUUUGGGUCGUUUCCGUCGCUGUCGACGAGCCAAGAACAGCGGCAAUUCUGGGCCCGCUUUCAAGAAGCGCUGCUGGACAAAGAGACCGCGCUCAAAACCAUGGAGCAGGACAGCACCAAAGUCCAGGACCAGUGGAAUUCCACGAUCAACAAGCUUGAAACCCAAUUAAACCAAUACACGCUACAAAUUGACCACAAGAACGCUGAAAUGGCCGACGUCCAGAAGGAAGAGGCCAAAGUCAUAACCUUUCUCCAAGGCCACCAACGAAGCGCCAGCGAAUCCACGUCAUCCCAGCGAGAAUUAUCCCAGCUGGAAGCGAAAUUGGCCGAGUUGGAAGCCAAGCUGCAAGCGUCCAAGGACAGCCACGCGACGUCGCGCCUUCGCGAUGAGACCGUCGCAAUCGACAAGGAGCUCAACUCGCUCUCGUUCGACUUGAAAAUCGCCCAAGACAAAGUCAACGUCCUCCGCGGCUUUGAAAAGGAGGAGAGCGCUCUGGAGCACUCGAGGCGCGACGUAUGUGCCCGAAAAGCCGGCGUCCACGAGAACUUGACCGACCCCAAGUUUGCGCAUCUCUUGCCCCACCAACCCACGGAAGCAUCAUUAGAUCAGGAUGUGAAUACGCUCGAAGCGCUGGCUGAAACCUGCAAACGGACUAUCCACGAGAGCCACGAUGCGUUGCGGCGCUGCGAAGCCCAAGCCACGGAAUUGAAUCUCAAGAAACAGCAAGAAGAAAACACCGUGUCCAAGCUACGCAAGGAACUGGACCAGUUGGAGCUAGGACCGAUGCAGGAGCUGCAGCGAAUCUUCUCGGCGUACCAGCUGCUGCAGCCCGAGACGGCCGUGGCCCAGCUGGAAACCAUGUACAUGGAGGCCAAAGACAAGACGGUGAGCCGCAAGAAUGCCGUCAUGUUCUUGAAAACGUACAAGAAGAAGGGCGAAAAGGAACACUGCUGCCCGCUGUGCCACCGCGGCAUGACCCCCGACGAGUUGGCCGUGUUCUCCAAGCUCGUGGCCGACAAAAUGGACGACUCGAAGAACCAAGAGAAAAUUCACAAGGCGGAACGACUCGAGCAGCAAGCAUUUGAAGUGUGGAAGCAGACGGAAACGCUCAUGCCGUCGUGGCACCGCCUCCAAGCCAUCCAAAAGGACUUACCCGCGAGAAGCGACGUCCUCAACGACCUGUACAAGCAGUCGCGCGCCCUCGAGCUGGAUCUUACACAAACCCGACUCGUGGUUCAGCAAAACGAAGCCAAGCUGAGCCAAGUCGUGGAAGGAUGGGAUCUCCUCAAGGCUCUCAAGAAAAGCUACGACCAAGUGGAAUUUGACGCGAAAAAGGUGGCGGCGUCGGAGCGCGAUUUGGCGUCGCGGCUAGCGGACAGCCUCGGGAGCAACCCGCCGACCAUGUCGAUGGCCCAGGAGGCGUUGGAAUCGAUGCAGACCAAAUGCAGAGACCUCGAGACCAAGCUCAAGCAGAAACAAGCCGAAGUUCACGCCGCUUCCGACGCGCUCAUGCGUCUACAAGGCGAAGUCCACAGAGUGCGCGAAGAAAAACACCAGUUGAACCAGCGCAACAUCCAGUUGGAAAAGGCCAAGGACCAGCGCGAGUCGCUUCGAGCCAAGUUGCGCAAACUGCAGGAAGAGCUGGCCACUGCCCAACGCGACGUUCCUAGCGUUCAACGGGAGCUGCAAAUCAAAGUGAACGAACGAGAGAUCAGUCGACUGCAGUUGAAAGACGCUAUCGACGCCAAGCGCGCAGAGCUCACGUCGUGCCAGCAGGACCUGCAACUCGUCCAACGCAAGCACGAAGAAGUCGACGAAAUGCAAAAGCAAAACGACGAGGCCAAAUUACACGCGCUCGACCAAGAGCUACAGCAGCUCCAUGCGCAAAGUGAACGCAUUUCACGAGACAUUGCAAUGCUGCAGCCAGAAAAGACGCGGGCGCGUAGCUCGCUCUCGGAAACCGAGAGCUUUAAGCGCCAAAUCCGCGACAACAUUCAGUUCCGCCAGCUGCGCGAUGCGGCGGACAAGGCCAAGGAAGACCUGGAGGCGUUCAAGCGGAAAAUGGACACGUUUCGGAGCGUUGCCGAGGCCGAGAACGCGUGCCGAGUGGCCAGUGAGACGCUCAACGCGGCCAAAGAAGAGCGCGCAAAGCUGGCGGGCAAGCAAGACAAUUUGCAGGAAAACGUGCGCGAAGUGCAAGUGCAGCUGGCCCAUCGCGACCUGAAGAACAUUGACGAGAAGAAGCGGCACAAGUUUAUCGAGUUUGAAACGACCAUGAUGGCAGUGUCCGACUUGGACAAGUACUACAAGGCGCUGGACAUGUCGUUGAUGCAGUUUCAUUCGCAAAAGAUUGAAGAAAUCAACGCCAUCAUUCGAAGUUUGUGGCAAAUCACGUACCGCGGCCAAGACAUCGACACGAUUGAGAUCGUCAGUGGCCACGAAAGCGGCGAUUCCAAUUCCAAGCGUUCGUACAACUACCGGGUCGUGAUGCGCAAGGACAGCGCCGUGCUGGACAUGCGAGGGCGGUGCAGUGCCGGACAAAAGGUGUUGGCCGGCCUGGUCAUUCGACUGGCGUUGGCAGAAACGUUCUGCUUGAAUUGCGGGAUCUUGGCCCUGGACGAACCCACGACCAAUUUGGACUCUGCCAACAAGUUAGGACUCGCCCAAGCCAUCUCAGACAUUUUGAUUGCCCGAGAAAAGCAGCAGAAUUUCCAACUCAUUUGCAUCACGCACGACGAAGAGUUUGUGCAAAUGUUGAACCGAUCGCAAAUGCUUGGCGGGUCGCGUCCAGAAUACUUGUGGACCGUCAGUCGUGAAGAAAUUGCGCCACGGUACUUUGUAAGCAAAAUCGACAAGCGGCCAUGGAGCAGCGACUUUGUGUAUCGUCCCACCAAUGACAUUUAGCGUCAAGAUAUCACCAGAGCACCCCCCAAGAUUGGUGCAUAUAUUUGGUAAUAUAAGUACCGACCUACUUUAUUCCGUUUGCAAGUGUGGUACGAGCGCUUGAAUCCAAACCGCAACCGCCAUGGCUCCAGGGUCCGGGAUGUUCUUGACAGCCUCUUCACCAACAUAACUCGU